GCAUUUGUAUUUCUCAAAAAUAAUUUACCUCUCAACAGUCUGGCAACGAUUGCCUUUGCCACAAAAACUAGCAGGGGCUAUAAAUGAAUAAUUUUCGAGAAUUGAAAUGAGUUUAAAUAAUAAAAACAAUCAAAAGUAUUCUGCAUUUCCGAACAGCCAAAAUCGUGGUCACGCAGAUUUUGGUCAACCUAGCUAUCCAGGGCAAUAUGCUUUUACUCCACAAUUGUCUGUUUCAAGCAAUACACCUCAUGAUAUGAAUAAGCAGGUUGCUGCAGGUCAACCAGGAAUGUAUACUAACUCUGGUGGAAUGCCUACUGCUCAGCAGCACCAUCAGUCGAUGGCAGGUCCAGUACCUAACCCUCAGCCUGCUACUUUAGUACAGCAGGGUCAACAGAUGCGUGCUAAUCCUAUGGCUAUGCCGGGCUACUAUACAGCUCGAAGUAGCGUGCCACGAACUAUACCAAACAUGGGUAGGACACCAUUGCAAACUGUUGUCAACCAAGCUGGGCAACAACCAACAUCACACUAUGGACAGAUACAGAUGUUACCUCCUUUUUCUCAUCCUAUGCAACCAGUUAUUGUGAACCACCAAUUUCAACAAAUGUAUCAACAGAGGCCAUUUAGUCCUCCCCAGAACAUAAUAUUCCCAGCAGCAACUGGCCAGCCUGUUUAUCUUAAUAAUCAAUGGGGUACUCCAUACCAUAAUCCACCACAAGCUAAUUCAAAUGGUUUCUAUCAGUCCCUGCCAACUUACACCAACCCCAUUGCACCGGCACAACAAAUUACUCCGCAGCCUGCUCAGCAGACACAAAAGAAAACAAAAGCACUAGCAAUAAUCGACCCUGCAACGGGAAAAAACAUUUUUGAUGGCAGCACUGAUGAGGAGAGUUCUCGUCCAACUCCAGAAAAAGAAACUGAAAAUUCAGAUCCAAACAUAUGUGUUCAAUUCGCAGCUCAAGUGGCUGCAACUCUAAAUGAGAAAAGUGAACCUCUAUCUAAAUCUUCUUCUGUUGAAGACACAAGAAUUAUAGAUUCUCAAACAAUUAUUAGUUCGAAUGAAAUAGACGCUGAACCAGAAGAUAGUGAACUAGGUGAUGUUGAGAGUCUGGCUGAUGUUGAAAGCUCAUCAGAUAUUGACAAUUUAGAAAUUAGCCGAAAUGUUGAGUGCAUUGAAAAACAUUCUUUGCCCAGCCUCAAAGAUGUUGAUUUAAAUAGUAUUAAUAAGACUGUUUAUGAAACUGAUAAAAGCAUUUCUCAAGUUAUUGAACCAACGUUAGAAACACAAGACUCUAUUUACAAUUGUUCGAAAGAGAAAAAAUCUCACGAGGUUUCUGAAGAGUUGACUUCGAUUUCUAGUAUAUCUAAUCGGGCUGAUCAUUCAGCUGCUGAUAAAAGCCUUCAUGAGAGCCCAGAAAUAGAUAAUGAAUUAAUAUCAACUGUAGAACCAGUUGUUCAGAAGGCUGUACAUGAAACACAAGUAGUUCCUCCAUCUAGUAUAAACUAUGAUGAAAGCAAGUCUGUAGAAAGUGACAUAACAGAAAUCUUAUCUUCCAGUAGCAAUUCCAAAUUGACUCCAGAAGGAAAGAGAGGCAACAAGGGUAAAAAAAAGAAGACCGAAUAUAACAAGAAAGGCGAGAGCAAAGAUGGUGGAGAAAUGGAUGCUUUCCUUGAUAAAGGAGAGGAGGUUGUCGCAGUGUCAGUUUCAACUGCUCCAACAGUCCCUCAAAGUCAAGCGGAUGAGCAGCCACUAUCUCCUUUACCUGCUGCAAUUGUAGAUAGUGAAUUGCUUAGUACUAUUCCUCUGCCUGGAGAAAUACUCUCUGACAAUUCACCUCAGAGUGAUAUCUCACUAGUUGAACAGCAGAGUGAUUCAUCUUCAGUUUCACCUACGAUUGAAAAUGAAGACAAAGAAAAUGUAGAUGAUCCAGCACAGAAUAAAACUAAACAAUCAAACAAACUAAAAUAUAGCUACAAAGAAGAUCAAUGGAGUCCUGUAAAUAUCGAGGGGAAGAAACAAUAUGAUAGGGAUUUUCUUCUUCAAUUACAAUGCCAGCCAUCGUCCUUAGUAAAACCACAGAACUUGCCAAACCUAGAUGUCAUUAAAGACAAAGCUCAUAUACAGAAGUUGAACGAAGUCAACAGACAGGUGCAACAACAAAUGCCUGUGAUGCCUAACUUCCGAGAUCACUUUUUGCCAACUUUUGCACAAAGAGGAGUACCUAGAAUGCCCCAGAUGAACAAUUAUACUAAUCGACGUAGUCUCCAAGGUAGAGAUUCUAAAACCAAAAAAGUUAUAUCCCUUUCUCAAAAUGUUAAACUUCAUGAAGCUGAUAAUGCUUGGAAACCUUUGUACAAGCAAGAUGCCGGUAGUGACCAGAUAGAUCUUGAUAAAGAGAAACUUAAAAGAAGUGUCCAAGGAAUCCUUAAUAAACUUACGCCACAGAAGUUUGAAACUCUAUUGACUCAAGUUAAAAAUCUUAAUAUCGACACCGAGGAAAAACUGUGCACAAUCAUUGAUUUAAUAUUUGAGAAGGCUGUGGACGAGCCAAACUUCAGUGUUCCCUAUGCAAACAUGUGCAAGCAUUUGGCAUUGAUUAAAGUGCCCACUAAGAAUAAGGACUUUGUGAAUUUCCGUAAAGUACUUUUAACGAAGUGCCAGAAAGAAUUUGAACAGGAUAGAAGUGAUGAGUUGAAACACGAGGAAAGGGUUAAGGCUCUGGAAGAGGCUGCUCCAGAAAAGAAGAAAGAGUUAGAGCAGGAAAUGUAUGAUGAAGAAAAGAAAAUGAGAUAUAGGCAGCUUGGCAAUAUAAGAUUUAUUGGCGAACUCUUUAAACUUGGAAUGUUAACUGAACCAAUCAUGCAUGAAUGUAUAAAGAGGCUCAUCUCCCAAGGAGAUGAAGAAUCACUUGAGUGCUUGUGUAAAUUGCUGAAGACAAUAGGUAAAGAAUUAGAUGAUCGAAAAGUUAAAGGUUCAAAAGAAAGUAUGAUGGAAAAUUAUUUCAACCAAAUGCAAAAGAUUGUAGACAAACGUUUAACUAGUUCUAGGGUCAGGUUCAUGUUGCAAGAUGUUAUAGAUUUAAAAAGGAAUGAUUGGGUUCCUAGAAGAGAUGAAAACAAUCCUAAAACCAUUGACCAAAUUCACAAAGAAGCUGAACGUGAAGCACGUGAGCAACAACAGAAUCUGCAGAACAUGUCCUUCCAAAAAAGAGUACCCGAUGACCGAGACAGAAGAAAAAAUACUGCUCGAAACAUGGGAACAUCUGAAGAUGGGUGGACGUCUUCUACAAAAAGUAGUAAAGGCAGCUAUAGUCUUGUUGAUCCUAAUAAAUUAAAACUGACUAAGCCUGAUGAAGUAGAUAGCAUAAGGCUUGGACCAGGAAGAGCGAUGCAAAGUUGGGGUCGAGGUAGCAGUGGUGGUACCAAGACUCCUGCAGGUUCUUUUGAUCCUGAGAAGACAGCUCUCACAAACAGAUAUUCUGCUUUGGCUGAGCAAACUUCCAAUCCUAGUUUUAUUGAAAACAGAAGAGGAUCUCAAAGAUCUGCUGCAUCAAGUCGUGAAUCUAGUCGUGGGCGAAAUACGCAGCUGCCUCCUGCCAUAAGGAAAACUCCAUCUACCUCUAAGGAAAGAGAUAAUGUGAUAGAAGCAGUGAAAGGGUUGGUUAGAGGUGGUACUUCUAGUGAGACUAAAGCUACUGAAAUAAAAAAGAGUCCUGAACUCCAACUCAAUGGCAAGGGAGCUGAUUCAAUGGAACUGACGUUGAAAGGUCCAGAAUAUAAUAUUGAUCAGAUGGAAGUUAAAGCUAGGCCACUGGUUGAUGAAUUUCUACAUAAUAAUGAUUUUGAGGAAGCAAUCAGGUGUGUCACGGAGCUGGCUUCUCCUAGUACAAUCCAUUUGUUCAUUAAUGCUGCAAUCAACCAAGUCCUAGAGCGCUCUAGUCAAGCGCGCCAUUCCCUUGGCCAACUACUUUUUAACUUAGUCAAACAAAAUAUUAUCACCUUCGACCAUUAUAAAAAAGGGUUCGAAGUUGUGUUAGAGUCGAUAGAUGAGUUCGCACUAGAUAUUCCCAUGAUAUGGGAGUACAUUGGAGAGAUCCUUGAGCCUAUCCUAGAAGAUAACAAAUUUACUCUAGAUGUUCUUAAAGAUGUCCUAAAACCUUGUAUCUGGACUGUUGGUAUCAGCAACCCUGCUUGUGCAGCUAAAAGAAGAGGAACUAUCAAACUUGGAGAGCUAUGGCGAGAAUCUAAGCUACAGUGGACAGACUUUUUAGGGGACGAUGCUAAAAUAGAUGAAUUUAUUCUAAAGCAUAAAUUGGAAUUCACAAUUUGUCCUACUAAAGUAAAGCCUACCACGCCAAUGGCAAUUGAAGAGAUAAAAAAGAAUCUCCUUGAUUUGCUUGAAAAAACUGACGAAAGUGAAGAAAUAUUUGAUUGGAUAGAUGCCAAUGUAUCUGAGUGUACAGAACCUAAAUUUAUCCGUGCCUUGGUGUCUGCUGUCCAUGAAAAUGCCAUAAAAGAUGCUUCUUCUGGGUGUGAAUUAGAUGUUACGAAAUUGAAAAAAAGGAUAUCUAUACUAACACGAUAUAUAGAUCAUAAUGAAAAUCUAGAACUUCAAGCUUUAUAUGCUAUUCAGUCACUAAUGAAUCAACUAAAUCAACCUAAAGGAAUUCUAAGGCAGAUUUUCGACAUCCUCUACGACGAUGAUGUUAUCACCGAAGAAUCGUUUAAAAACUGGGAACAAAGUGAUGACAUAAACGAAGUGGAAGGCAAAGGCGUAGCAUUACAUUCUGUCAAAUCCUUUUUCACUUGGCUAAAGGAAACAGAUUCUGGUGAUUCUGUGACUGAUGAAUGACGAUUCUUAUGCUCUAAAUUAUUUUACUUAGAUAAAGACUCGAAAGCAGUUAUUUUGUGUAUGACACAAACUUAUGUAAUGAAUCCUGAUGCGACUAAGGAAUCAGUUGGAUCUCUAUUCCGAGUUUACUAUAGGAAAAAUGAAUUGUCUGUGCAAUUUAAACAAAGUUAUCCCCCGUUUUGUAAAUUAAAAGAAACAUUUGCAGCAACUGGUGCAUCUUAUAUAAAAAAAAUAUUCCUUUUGUUAUUGAAUGAUUGACUUGUGCAUGUGUUUAAAAGGGUGCAAGUUUUAUCUUGUUUAUUUAUAUUUAAUGUGAACAAUUGCUUCUGAUGUUGGGAUGGUCAUGUGACUUUCUUCUUAAAAAACCGUGUCGGCCGUUUCAUUGGUUUUGAUCCGUAAUAAAUGAUGAGAACCACUGAAAAAGAAAGACCCGAUUAUUUUUAAGACAUGAAAAGAUUUUAGUUUUCUUUAAAUUAUGUAAAAUGACACAUUGUAUAUAACUGCCAAUAAAUAGGCUAAUUUAUGAAUUGUUAAUUUUUCUUAAAAUUGUGUAUGUUGUCUCAAGGUUGUGCCUUUAAUUAUUUUUUUCGGCCAUUUUGCUCAAGUUAAGUAUCUGUUUUAUUUCUGUAGCGACAUAAGAGGGGGGUUGUCGUCAACAAUAUUAUUUAAACUGUUAAAUUUGUUUCCUGGCAUUCUUUUUGUCCAAACUGUUAAGUCUAUUUGCCACUCUUGAAUUUUGAUACUGUUUUUAUGUUAAAAAUAAAGUAAACUUUGUAAAAAAAAAUAAAUAAGAAUAUAUAAAAAGCAGUACUGUUCCUACUGGUGAUUCAUGUAAAUUUUUUUUUAAACAAAAUAAAAAAAAGUGUAUAAUCAUAUACUUAACAACAUACUGUCACGAUGAAAUAAUGAGAAGCUGAGAUAUAUACCACAAAUAAUUUAAUUUUAGACUACUAUGUCAAUUGUAUUUCUACUUCUUAUUGUGAUAUCAAAAUGUAAAAAAAGGACUGUAAAUUAAGUAGCUGCAAUUUUGUGCAGAGUAUUUUCUUUUUGGAUGAUAUUAGAUUAAAAGUUUAUAUAAGUACUUCUGUGACAUAUAUUUAUUGUAAAUUAAAUCCAACUAGAAAAUACAAAAAAAAUUUAUUUUCGUCUGUAGAAAGCCAGAUGAUUUUUAACUGGCUGCAGUAUGUAUUGAGUAAUAGCAGCAAAAUAUAUAUAUAUAAUGUUUUAUACAUAAACUGAAAAAUGAAGAUUUUGUAUUGCUAAAAAUAAUUCAAUGUUAUAAAAACUUGAGAUUUUUUAA